UUGUCAGCAGAACAAUAAUAAAACGUAGCGGAUUGAUUUGGCCACGCUAGUCUGUUUAAUAUUAUUUUCGAUACAUGCUGAACUGUUCUUUGUUAAGUAGACUUGUUUUAUAACCUUUUGUUAAAAAUCCUCCAUUGUUUUGUUCCUGGCUGUUUCUCAUCCAUUUAGAAGUAACCUAUUAGAAAUGUCUACGAGAAUCGACUUUGCUGAGGAAAGUUACGUUCUUGCUCAUGCUGAUACAGACGAAAUGGAAUCUACUCCUUGUGAACUUAACGUUGAUAAUCUUCACAAAGGUGUGCUGUCCGAGCUAUCGACGAUAUCGUCCGUGUCAGUCUUUGCUCAGGCUGAGCAGGCUGAUAACGCAGAGCAGCGACAGUUAAGAGUCUACCUAAGAGUGAGACCAUUUUCCAAAGGAGAACUUGCAAAUGAUGAGGAUCAGGGUUGUAUAGUUUUGGAAAAUGCUGAGGUGGCUGUGUUGCAAGCUCCUAAAGAAUCUUCAUCAAUGAAGAACAGUGAGAAAGGGGUUGGACAAUCGAUACACAAGUUUUCAUUUUCUCAGAUCUUUGGACCCGAUACAACUCAGACUGACUUCUUUAAAGGCACAGUAAGGGACCUGGUAUACAAUUACCUGGAUGGAGAAAAUGCUUUGGUUUUUACCUAUGGCGUGACCAAUGCUGGAAAAACACAUACAAUCCAAGGUUCUGAAAAUGAUGGCGGUAUAUUGCCGAGGUCUCUUGAUGUGAUCUUUAACCAUGUGAAAGGGAGGCAAUACCAACAUAUGGAUUUAAAACCUCAUCUAAGCAGUGAUGUUCAGUAUUUGGACAGCAAUCAAGUCAAACAGGAGAAAGCUGCAAAGGCUGCUGUUUUUGCUAUGUUAAAGGAGGUCAUGGAGGCAGAUUCUUCACUGAGUGGAGGGGAGCCUUUCCAGUUUGCAGUGUGGGUCUCUUUCUGUGAAAUUUAUAAUGAAUAUGUCUAUGACUUGAUGGAGCCUUUGCCCACAUCAAGAAACCAUAAAAGGAAUGCCUUAAGAAUGUGCGAAGACCAUUCUGGAAACUUCUAUGUGAGAGAUUUGAAGUGGAUCAACAUAUUUAACACAGAAGAAGCUUGCAAAAUCUUAAAAAUCGGAAACAAAAACCGAAGUGCAGCAUGCACCAAAAUGAACCAGAUGUCAAGUAGAAGUCACAGUAUAUUUUCAGUUAAGCUUCUGAAAAUUGAUGGAACAGAAGUCCAAAAAAUGUCUGAACUUUCUCUAUGCGAUUUGGCUGGAUCUGAAAGGUGCAACAAAACAAAGACUUUUGGAGAGCGGCUAAAAGAAGCUGGAAACAUUAAUAACUCACUGCUUAUUCUGGGCAAGUGCAUUGCCGCACUGCGACAGAGCCAGAACCCCAAGGUGAAGAAUAACUAUGUUCCCUUUCGGGAGAGCAAACUGACACGUUUGUUUCAGCCCAUUUUCUGUGGCAAAGGCAGAGCCUGUAUGAUUGUCAAUAUAAACCAGUGUGCCUCUACCUUUGAUGAAACUCUUCAUGUGAUGAAAUUUUCAGCUGUAGCCAAACAGGUGGUACAAGUAAUUCAGCCCAAGCCGUUGGCGAGUAUCGCUCCCAGGCUAGUGGGUAAGGAUGGUAAAAUGCUGUUGAGACAUGCAAUUGUUGAAGAGGAGGCAAUGGAUAGUUUAUUGGAGGAAGAAUUGCUGGAUGAAGACGGUGAAGCAGAUAUGUCCAUCCUGCCUCAGGAGGAACUUCUGAACAUCAUUGAGAGCCUCAAAGAAAAACUGGUUGAAGAAAGGCGGAAAAACUUCAAGCAGGAGAUAGAAAUCCGUCAAGAGAUGGGCAACGCAAUGUUCGAACAAUUAAUGGAGAAUGAAGAGAAUUGGAACAAACAGGUUGAAGAAUUAAAGGAGAGCUAUGAAGAGAAGUUGGAAAACACUUUUGAUAUGUACAAACAUGCCAUCAAGCAACAUGCUUAUCAGCGUGCAAUGGAAGAUGUAGAGGACAACUAUGUCCCUAUAGAGGAGUUUCUUGCUGAACAAGAAAAAGUUGUGGAGUUGGAGAGAAGAAAUACAGAAAUGGAGUUGAAUCUAAAAGCCUUUCAGAGAAACCCCUCUGAAACGGAAUCUGUGGAUGGUGCACAUUCUCUACAACCUGCCACACUUGCUCACAAAUCUGAGGUGAGGUACAAGGAACUGUGGGAGGCAAAUUCAUCAUCUGAAAAACUAUGUCAAGAAAAAGACCAGGUUAUAAAGUACAUGGAGAAGAAGAUUAAGGCCCUGAAAGAAGCUAGCCAGGAGGCAAGCAAUAACUUUUUGGAAAAAGUAGAGGAGAAUAAGCGGCUUGAGGAGAAAAUAGCUCAACAGGAGGAGGAAAUGAAAGAACUGCACAAAACCUGUACUGCACAGGAAGCAUUGAUAUUAGAGCUUCGGGUACAAUUUGAAAUGAGCAAAAAAUGCACCCAGGGAGGCACUGGUGAACCUAAAGCUAAGAAAGGCCUACUUGCCAACUUUAGAGCCACUGUUGGCUCUCCUGCUAAACUAUCCAAGAAAACUGUUGCAGGCACACCAAGCUCUACCAGAAAGAGGGGCCUGUUCAAGUAAAUGGUGGUAAUUUUUGUGAAUUCUUGUUUUAAUGUUUUUGUCUUAAUAAAAAUGUAAUAAAUGUUAGUUUUUUGUUUUGGUUUCCAGAAGGAUAGGUCAACUUGGAAAAUCCCUCCCCCCCCCCCCCACAGUUUUUUGUAAGUAUAGGAUACUACAGAGCAACAUGUAAUUCAGUAUGUUAAAAAGUUCAGCAAGUUUCAAGCAACUAUGAAACAAAAUGAGUUAAUUCUGUAGGGUAAUACUAAACCUUUGGCUAAUAGAAGGAAGCUAAGCCUAGCUCAGCGGCAGGUUAAGACAGACUUAGAAAAAAAUGAUAACUCUAUAUUGGAUCACUGAAUGACUGCAGGUACUGUAUCAUGAAAUACUAAGGGAAAUGUAGAGAAUAGUGAUAUUAGAAGCUGCUUCCUUUUUUUUAAGAAUA